GAUCAGGUCAAACAAAGAUAACGAUUUGCUAGGUCAGAUUGAUAAAAUUUAAUACAACUUAUGCCAUAUCUUAACGCAAUAUAUAAGCAUCUUGUCAACAUUUUUUUUCAAUAACGUUUUACUAAUAUUUUCAGUAAAAUAUUGUAUUUUUAACGGAUUUAAUAGCUGGAGCUGAAGUUAAACAUGAGAGGAUCACGAGGGAUGCGGCCAGCAAGGGACGAUAACUGACGGAGAUGCUGCUGAAUCUAUCUAAAAUUGGAGUUUCUAGGAAACGUGUACAUCGUGCAGUGUUACUAUGUGGAUCUAUUUUCAUCGUUAUCUUUAUUUACAUACUGACUAACCGGCCGAAAUAUACCGACAAGACUGUUAUAGAAAGUGACAAGUGGUUAAAGAACCCGACAACCGGAUGUAACGGCUAUUUUACCGGAUAUGGACACGAGUUUGUCUGGCUCCGUUAUGCCUCAGUUGAUAAAACUAAAAAGACAUUUUCAAUUCCAUGUGAAAAUGAAAAACCAGUUUAUGAUUUUUUAUUCGGAAAAGAAGGCACAAUAUUAAAGGAAUGGAUGAACAAUUUACAAACGUCGAAGUACUCAGAUGUAUCGAAAUUACAGAAGAACGCCGUGGACACAGCCGCCAUUGCUGUGAUGAGAUAUGAGGCUCAUAAUCUUUAUCAUACAUUAUGUGAAUGGUAUAAUAUAUUCGUUAUCUCAAAACUCCUAAGGUUAGAUCCUAAACAACUGCAUGUAAUAUUCAUGGAUGAUAGACCACGUGGAUUAAUGGACGAGACAUGGAGCACACUAUUUGGCAAUGUUAGCAGAUACUCGGAUAUACCAUCAGGCACUGUGUUCAAAAAUCUGAUUUGGAAUAUAAUUGGCUAUGAAAGUCCAAUGAAUUUUCAUAACCUAAAAAUUCUCCCAUAUGCUGUUGAAUUUUAUAGCUUUUUCAUGAAGUCGUUUGGAGUAGACCAACUUAAAACAUUAAACUGUAAACAGUUACAAAUAACCAUAAUUUGGCGGAAGGAUUACAUGACACACCCAGAAAGAUUGAAAGAAACAGGUGGUUUAGUCCAUAGAAAAUUUAAAAAUGAAGAUGAAAUACUAAAAAUAGUUCAAGAGUUAUUUCAAGGUCAUUCAAUAAAUACCGUAAUUUUAGAAAAAAUGAAUAUGAAAGAACAAAUUAAUUUAUUUUCAAAAACUGAUCUUCUGAUUGGUAUGCAUGGUGCCGGAAUGUCACAUGUGAUGUUUUUGCCACAACACGCGGCAGUGUUUGAAACUUUUCCUAACUACUGGGGUUUCUUAAAACAUUUCAAAGCAUUUUCCCGGUGGCGAGGCAUCAAAUACCUUGGCUGGCAAAAUACUGAUCCGAAAAACGAGUAUCCGGAUUACUAUACUAGAAUACCACCGGAAGUGGUACAGUCUCAUUUAGAAAAGUUAAAGAAUUAUUUGUGUCCCCCUUGAUCACACUGGUCCGCAAAAACGACAGCAUUCCAUAUGAACGCUGCAGUUCCAGCUUUAUAGAUAUAGUCGCUUGUUUCGGUUUGUACUGACGACUAAUAACGCGCAUGCGCCAGAAAAAAAUAUGGCGGAUAUGACAAACAGUAUCUUUUAAAGGAAAAAGUCCUUAUGGAAAGGAGUUGCCGAUAACUGAUAUGAACUCAAAACAUGAUGUUGAAUCUGUAUUUUUGUAGUUUUGUUUGAGAGGCAAUGUGUAACAAUUCAUGUUAAAAAUUAGGAGCACGUGAUCAAAUGUGAAAUUGUCUUAUUAUACUAAAGUUAAUUGUCUUUCAAAAAAGGAAUUCUGGAAAACAACUUAAAUGUUUCGAAUUAUUAUGUUUUUAUUCAUUUUUAAUACAUAUAUUUCCGUAUAAUCAUUUGUGAAACUUUCAGAUUAUUGUCGCGUUGUUUUUGUCAUUGUACUUUAUAUCAUUAAUUAAAUCAUUCAUGAAAUUAAAAUCAUCUGCGUUG